CGGGUGUCACAGACUAAACUGUCCGGCCAAAGUUGACAGCAAUGGAGGACAGAGCGAGCAGAGGCAGGGGAGGCAGCUGGAGAAGAGGCGGUAGGGGAGGAAGCGACAGCGACAGUCACGGCGGUGAACACCGAGGCAGAGGGAGAGGAGGUCACCAGCGAGGCAGGGGGAAAAGAGACCACUACCGGGGUCGUGGACGCGGGGGAAGCGGCCGUACAGCGGAGUUCCAUCACCGGGAUAAAGAUGAGGGGGGCGACUUUCAGGAGGAAGCGGAGAAGAUGGAGGUUUUCUCCAGGAGAAAACUGGAGUCUAACUGGGACCGAUAUGCUGAGUCAGAGAGGCAGGGGCCCGAAGACGACACGCCCACUCAGAGAGGAACUGACUACCACGUCCUGCUUGAGUCAGCAGGGGAUUCAUUCACUCAAUUCCGCUUUUCUGAGGAAAAGGACUGGGAGAUGGACUCAUUUGCAGCCAACAAGAUGUCUGGAGUGUUUGUGGACCUCCCAGCACUCGCUCUGAGUCUCCAACAGCUGCCUCUCCAUCAGAGACUUAACCUGGAGGCCGAGCUGCUUCAGGUCUCGACACCAGUAGAACUACCCGCUGUGACCAUCACGCAGAAACAGGAGACGCCCCAAGCGGCCACAGUCCCUCCUUCAUCUGCAGCUUUCAAAGUCCUCAGCACCAACCAGAAAGUGACUGCAGCGACAAACCCAGCGUCAGGUCCAGGCUCCAAGGUUUCCUCUCACGCUGCAGAGCCUCUGCAGGUGGACGAUGCUGACGAAGAGCUGGACCUGCUGCUCAGUUUACAGAAACCGGUCGAGGACGUUUCAGAAAAGCAGACCGUCGGUGUGGAGGGCGAGGAGAGAGCGCCUCCAGAGAAAGCGUGUGAGGAAGUGAAGGAGGUGGUAGAAGAGAAGAUGGAGGAGGUGAAAAACAAAGAUGUCACACCUCCUCGGUCUGCUUCCGUCAGGCAGGAGGUGACGGAGGAGGACCUGGAGGACUGGCUCGACAGUAUGAUCUCCUGACCGCCGCACUCUGAGGAGGUGUGUGAAAGCAAACUGGACUUCUCUACAUCAACUUUCAGACUGAAGAUUUAAAGUUUACAAGCUGGACGGACCUUCACAAAAGGACUUGAAGGUUGUUUUUUUUGUCACUUUGCUUAAGAUGAAAUUGUGCUCAGGUAAUUUGUUUGUCUCGUUUUUUUCCCGCUGUUAGCGAUGGGACAGUACGUCUCGAACGUUUGUGAGAUGGUGUCAUAAUGUUCCCUCUAUGUGUCGCAGAGGAUUAUUCUCUGCUCCUUGUGAGGCUGUGAAAAGUUACACACCACAGGAGUGUCUCCAUCAGAGAUGUCACACACACACACCGAAGGGACGGACAACACGUCAGGUUUAUUGCGUCAAUUCCUUUAUUCACUUCCUCCCCCCCUAAUCGAAAGAAAUGCAGGUGUUUACCAAAAGCUACUACAUACAUACAAAUGGCCAUACAAUAGCAGGUAACCAUUUUGUCGCCAAUAAAUCUUUGAACCAACUUCUUGUCCUCUUCGUCUUCCUCAGUCGCGGGGCUCUUCUUCUGUGACGAGAAGUGCAGGCAGGCAGGACACCACAGCUCAGAAACAAAAACCAAACUAAGCAACAUUUACACAAAGGUCAUCUAGAUUUUAUACAACAAAUGUUUUCUCUCUCUCUCUCUCUUAAUUUUUUUUAAAUUAUUUAAAAGCCACAAAACUAGCUGGAGCUAAAUCUGCUUGUAACUAAUCCAGAACUAGAGCACUGCUUGUGUCAGGAGGAACAAAAAUGAUCAGUUUUUUUUUUUGUUUUUUGUUUUUUGCAUAGUUUCUCAUAAGGCACGUCGGCACUGUUUUAACACCUUAGGUGGGGUCAUGUGUGGUCCUGAAAGAACCAUUUUCAUUUCGUCAGACGGGUUUGAAAGGCAGGUCAGGUU